GUAGUCGAUGGCUGAUGAUCACCCAGCAAGUGCACUGUAUUGUCAAUACCUGUUGGCAUCUAUGCAUCUUCCCUCUGAGGGAACACACACAUGGACGGCAUAUUAUGUCGCUGCGCCCCGUGCUGAUGAAUUGAAUUGAAUCUCGCCUUCCUCCUCUCACCCUCCCCACCACCCUCCACACGCUCGCUUUUGCCCUCUUCCUUUGUUUCCUUCGUUUCCCCGUCGUCGUCGUCGUCGUCGUCGUAGCCGUUCGACAGCCGUUCGCUUUUUAGAGAUAUAGAUUCCCUUGCCCGCCCGCAGACAGGACGGAAGCAGGGCCGAAGCCGACGUCUCUAGUGCUACCAGACGAGAGAAGCCUUGCCAAUUGAUUGCCCGUCAAUCACACACACACUGUGACUUGGUUGCAGUGCUUGUGCACGCACACCGUCGCCGACCUGCCUGUUAGGCUCUGCUGUUAAUGCACGUCAUGAAGAGGGGGGUUUUCGGCUACCUUGACAUUUGUACACUAUCGCAGCAACCUGGCCUCGACGAGUAGCGAUCGACUAUCAUUCGGUGAGGCUUUUUGUUUCUUUGUUCCUCCGUUCGCUCUCUACCCAGUCAACACUAAGGUCCAUUGUGAGUAGCGCCCGCUUGGCGUUGCAUUACUUACAAUCAAUGCUUUCGCUGGGCCGAGCUUCCCACCUUGACCUUUCCCUUGUCUGUUUGCGGUAGCGGACCGAUUGGCGCCUUGCUGCUCUCGUUCAUUCACUCACUCACUCACAUACACCCUCUCUCCAUUCUACCCUUCUUUCUUUCUUUCUUUCUUUCUUUCUUCCUUCCUUUCUUUCCUCACCGAGCCUUCCACCCUUACCCCAAUUAAUACUCGACCCUCCGCUCGACCCUCCCCGCUACCCACGACCAGCUUGUUUUCGCCGUGCCCCCAUCCUACGAUGCGCCGCUAAUCUGUGCGCAUUGCUCAGGUUCAGGCUAGCAUUGUCCGCACCCCCAUAUAAUAUCUUCGUCAACGACAGACAACAGGCACCACUACCACAACCACCCCUCCAUCUUCACCCGACGGUGCAUCGUUGUCACGCCGCUCCCAUCUGCCUCUCCUGUCCGGUCCCGGUCUUCCCACUCUCCCUUCGCUUUCACCCUCGUUCGACUCAUUGUCACUCCGCCGUGCACCCCGUUCACCCUCUUGCGACCUCACUCCCGUCUUUGGCCCAUUAUCAACGUAUAGGCUGCUGUUUCCUUGCGCCUAUACGUAUUGCCAUCUUUCCUACCCCUACCAAUCCCGGCGGGGCCGCACCUACCACAGGUUCUGCGUCGACCCACCGCUCCCGAAACACACAGGGAUCAUGCAUCGCCAAAGCACAUAUCCUCUCACGGGGCUCUUUGUCGUUGUCUUAGGCCUCUUUGCAUUCCUCGCCAAAGCAGACUUUGACUACGCAUAUUGCUCCAAUCAGAUCACCGUCAGUGGGAACGGAAACUCUUCCGACUACCAAUCCAAUGGUCUUUGCUCCGAGUUUUGUGCAGGAUCUUCGUUCGCCAUUCUCCUCGAAAAAAACUGCUGGUGCUCUGAUUACAUUCCUGGAGACAACCAGCAGGACAUAAACGAUUGCGGCGACGGCUGCCCUGGAUACCCCACGGAAAAAUGUGGCAACAAAGAUAAGGAUCUGUACAUGUACAUCAAGCUUGGAGGUACCGAGCCAUCUGGUACACAAGGUGGCCUCGAGCCUACAUCAUCUGCCGCUUCGACAACGGUUUCCCCUACUCACACCCAUGUAUCCGAAACUACAGUCCGUGAGUCAAAGACUCCUGUCAUGACACCGACUAGUCGUCCGGACGAGGCUACUUCUUCUACUUCUACCUCUUCCGAGUCAUCUACCCCGGAACCAACCAGUACUUUCGAAACGGCCACUUCUGCCGAGCCCCGGACAAGCAUUCGAACCAUCUCCUUGAGCAAUUCGGUAUCAACUGAGACAAUUAUAACGACUCCCUCUGCAACCCCUGCGCCAGUCGGUUCGCCGGGUCAGAAGAGCACAAGCAACACGGGUGCUAUCGUAGGCGGCGUUGUAGGUGGAGUGGUUGGUCUGGCAGCGCUCGCUGGCGGUGUUUUUUUCAUGCUCUGGAGAAGGCGACGCCAGCGGGAUGCAGAGCAAGAUGACGGGCAGACCGGUAUGCAACGCAACGUAAGCACCAUGAGUAGGUCCGGACUGUUACGCAGUGAAAAGAGGCCAACAAAUCCUCCUCCUAUCGCCACCAACGUACCUAGACGACAAAGUCGCAAUCUGGAUCAAGAGUCAAUCAGCCCAACUUCUGGAUCAGACCGACGUAAUAGUAGACAUAUGGUCGAUCAACGGCUUAAUCCUUCUGCUUUAUUCGUUCUCGACAACUCGAGUAGAGGCAGCUUGGCGAGUAUGGAUGAUAGCCGUGAUUACCAUCGGCCACUCAACGUACGAAAUCCUGACCCGUAA